CCCGCUUUUUUCCGCCACGGCACCGCGCUUUUUUCCCCACAUUCUCUCUCUCUCUAACUGACCAUCGGACCGGAUGUCCGGCGGCGGCGGCGGCGGAGGCGGCGAGACCGGGGGCGGCCUCGAGACCCCGACCCUGGACCGGGAGGCCGCCGGCCUCCUCCGCGACAUCUCCGAGCACGGGGGCUACGCCUACGCCGCCAUGUCGGGCCUCGCGGCCGGCGGCGACGUGCGGGCGGCGGAGGCGGCGCGGGAGAUGGCGUGGGAGCAGCUCCACUCGGGGCCCUGGCACUCCGUGCUCCCGGCGUGGCGGGACGCCUACUCCAUGGCGUGCCUCCACGUGGCCCGGCUCCACUACCGGGGCGGCGAGCUGAAGGAGGCGCUUAGGGUUCUGGAUCUGGGGCUCAUCAUGGGGGGCACGCUGCUGAAGAAGGACCUGGAGGCCGCCGUCGAGAAGCUGAGCGCGGAGGCGAGGGGCGCUAGGGUUUCGGGAGGAGACGAGGGUGGGGAGGAGGCGGGGGGAUUGGAUAGGAGGCUGGUCCGCGAGGGGAUCGACCGGGAUAAGGUGCUCCGGAUAUUACCUAAAAAAUCAUUGUCCAUAAAAUCUGUGGCUAAGAGGUCUGCUCUGUCCUUGGAGGGAUUCCUACGUGAAUUUUUCCUCUCAGGUUGUCCAGUUAUAAUUACAGAUUGCAUGUCUCAAUGGCCUGCCAGAACAAAGUGGAAUGACAUGGAUUAUCUCAAAACUGUUGCUGGUGACCGCACAGUUCCAGUUGAGGUUGGAAAGAACUAUCUAUGCUCUGAGUGGAAGCAGGAGCUUAUCACGUUUUCCCAGUUUCUUGAUCGCCUGCAGUCUAAUGAUCCUUCUGCGGCUAACCGUACAUAUCUUGCGCAGCACCCACUCUUUGAUCAGAUAAAUGAGCUUAGGAAGGAUAUUCUCAUCCCUGACUAUUGUUUCGCUGGGGGUGGAGAGCUAAAUUCUCUUAAUGCUUGGUUCGGACCAGCAGGCACAGUGACCCCAUUGCACCAUGAUCCACACCAUAACAUACUUGCUCAGGUUGUUGGUGCAAAAUAUAUAAGGCUUUACUCCUCUUCAUUCUCGGAGGAACUCUAUCCACAUAGUGAAACCAUGCUUUGCAAUUCUAGUAAGGUUGACCUAGAUGACAUAGACGAGAAGGAGUACCCCAAGAUCAUGGACUUGGAGUUUCUGGAUUGUAUUUUAGAGGAGGGGGAGAUGCUGUAUAUACCGCCCAAAUGGUGGCAUUAUGUACGAUCUCUAACAACGAGCUUCUCCGUUACCUUUUGGUGGAGCAAACCUGAGAGUUCAGCUGAUUCUUGACAUGGUGUCGGUUUUGUGGAUGAGGCUUCUCGCAAAUCAUGUACGAGUAAAGCUUGCAGCUUCCUUCUGGCGUUGCUUGCGGGACCGGAGCCUCCUCUCUCCGACUUCGUUUUUCCCUUUUUUUCCCCAAUCUCCAGAUCUAGCAUUGCGUCACUCAUCUAUGGUCGUUGUCACCUUUGUCGGCAUCACUCUCCAAAUCUCCAGAUUUUCCCAUCCAUGGCCGAACACAUUCAGGCAUCAUGUUGCUUGUUCAUGGCUGUCGUCGGUGUCGAGCAAUGCCUGAAUAGGCAGCUCGAAUCUGGAAGUUCAGCCAGAUUUGGAGCCAUGGCUGCAAGCAACGAUGGCUCAUUCGGCCAUGGAAGAGGGACGCUGAUGAUGGUGACAAUGGCCAUGGCUGUCGAAGGUCACCUUCCUGCUGCUGCUAAUCAUCUCACAAAGGAUGGAGGAGGAGGAGGAGGAGAAGAAGGGAGAAUCUCAUCUUUUUACUUUUUUAUUCCGAUUCUGCAGAUAUGUGUCCUCUUAUUACUGGACAUGAUUAAAAAGGCACCUCAAAUCAGUAAUUGACAUGGUACUUUGAAACCAUUGAAUAUUUUGUCAUUCAUUGCC